AUGAAAAGUCAAUCUAGUGAAUUUUCACCAGAUUAUCUGCCAAUCAGUUAUAAUAACAUUCAUAAAAGUAGUGUUUCUGCUAUUAACACUACACAUCAUGGUGACAAUAACAACAGUAAUAGUAAUAAUAACGUUUUAGCAUUUAAUCAAUGUUCAUCUGAUAUUCCACAACCUUUAAGCAAUCUUGUGAUUCCUUCAGUUUGUAUAGCACGUAAACUUAUUUGGUGCAAUCAAAAGGAAGUUGCUGAGCUUUUGCUAGGAGCAUGUGUACAUCCCAACUGGCUUUCAUCAGUUAUACAAGUUCGUCCUAGAAAUGGUUCCAUUAUUUUUUAUCGACGAGAAUUGGCCACCGUAGCACGUAAACAAGAUGGUUAUUUAUGGAAAAAGAAACCGAAUCGACGUACUACUAAAGAAGUUCACAUGGUCCUUAAAGUUCAAGGGAUCGAGUGUAUUAUCGCCAAUUAUGCACAUUCCGCUUUAAUCUCUACGUUUCAUCGACGGACCUAUUCAUUAAGAUUUAAUCCUUCUAUUGUAUUAUUUCAUUAUUUGAAUGUACCCUUAUUAACUCAUGAGAAUAAACUUUGUUUACCAUUACCUAAUCUAAGUGAAAAUGAUCGUGAUGAAUUAACUUAUGCUCAACUUGUUGAACAGUUAGUGAAUAUGUUUAAUAAUUUCCCAAAACAUAUCAUGAAACCUGGUGUUGACCAAAUUCUAAAUUUCGAUUUAAAUUUCUCUAAUUUAAUUCAGAUUCUGAGUGAUCAUAUUUGGAAUUCAUCAAUGAAUCCGAAUUCCUCUCCAUCAUCGUCAUUAUCAUUUCUAUCUGAUAAUCCAUAUAGAAACAUAACAAGUAGCAAUGUUGUGAAGAGUUUGUCUUCACUACAGUCUGAUAUAAAUCAUCAUCAUCAUCCGCACACAGCUGUAUUUCUCCUUAUCACACCCAAAUUAAAUGAUAAUUAUCAGACAAAUUUGGAAUUAGUCUUUUCGAAUAACAAGUCUUGUCGAACAAACCCUCAUACGCGAAAUAUUCGUGGAUAUCAGUUUUCAGAUAUAAUUAAUAACAAUAAUAAUGAAAAUAAUAAUGAUUCCAUUCCAUUCGUAUUCUCCUCUUCAAAACCAAUAAAUAGAUAUUGUCAAAACAAUGAAACUUCUAAGUAUGAUAAUAACAAUAAUAUUAACUCAAAAAGUAAUGAUAACAAUCCAGACAGUGAAGUAGAGGCAAGUUCUACUGUGAACCAAUUAUUGUUUCCUAAUGAUAAUAAUAAUAUAAUAGUGUAG